ACCAAUAGAGUAUAUAAAGGAAAGGGUCACGCACCUCACGGCAGUCUACGAAUUUUUAAGUCCACUCUAGUGCACUUUAUAUCAGCAGAAGAAAAGAGUUUUUGCGACGCAAUAUAGCUCAGUGGAAGUUCUUAAUUUGGUCGAGAAAAAUGAUUUCUCUUCGGGCGGCGGUUUUUCUCUGCGCUUUAACGACGAAUGUUAUUGCAGAUAUACUGCUCACAAACAAUAAUCUUGAAUAUCUGGAAAGACGUAUUACUGAAAAGAUUAUGAAAGAAAUGAAAGGAUUGUUAAGUGAAUGCGGCAUUUGUCGACCAUCACAAUUUCUAUACUCAACGGGACGACCUUCUUCCGUUCAGCAACUUGUAGAAUCAAAGCAAUACAGGAUAUUGAAAAAGGGUGAUUCUAACAACACAAAGAAUGAGAAAACCGAACAGCUCAAUGUAUUGACGAGAAAAAACAUUAGCCAUUCCAUACAGCAUUCAGGACCCGACCCAAAUAAAGAAGACAAAUCGAAGGGUAACCAUUCAAACACUAAAAAAGGUGAAAACCAAAAUCAACUCGACGUCUCUACAACUGGCUACUUCACCGAAACUAGGAAGCCAAAAUUAGAUAUGAGACCUGGUGAUUUUAUUACAACAAAAUCUACAUCAAAUUUGACAAAUGAAGACUUUAUUACAACAGAGUUACCAUCAGGCUUAAGAUUUGAUGAAUUUAUGACAAAAAACUCAAACAAUAACAGUAAAACGCCAGAAAAAGAGGAAGGAAAAGUAAAAAAAAUAGUUUCCAAUCUUGUUAACUCAACUAAUACGACAAUGCAUUCAUCGGAAAACAGCUCAAACACGAACAAAGCAAAACCGGAUGAAUUUUUCAAUAAAAAAGUUUCCAAGUCUGUGACAAAGAGUGGACCAUGGCGAUUAUUGGCUUAUAUGUUGAAUAGAAAACGAGCAAAAUGCGUUAAUGGUAAAAAAGAUUGUGUGUACAUUAGCGAAUGCUCCAUCGAUUUGAGAAGCAUGCAGUCGACCUGCAAGUGCAAGGUUGGUUAUGCUGGUGAUGGAAGAACUUGUGGUGAAGAUUCUGAUCUUGAUGGUUAUCCUGAUGUGGAACUAAAUUGUACCGAUGUACGUUGUAGGAAGGACAACUGUGUUGAAAGACCAAACAGUGGUCAAGAAAACGUCGAUGGUGACAGUCUAGGUGAUAUUUGUGAUCCUGACAUAGAUGAUGAUGGAUUAGAAAAUGAAAAUGACAAUUGUAAAGAGCACUCAAACCCGACACAAGACGACACCGAUAGAGACGGAGUAGGAGAUGCAUGUGACAAUUGUGUGUCAAAAAGGAACCGAGAUCAAAUAGACACGGAUGGUAACGGCGUUGGAGAUGCUUGUAGUGACGACCUUGAUGGCGAUGGAAUUACGUCCAAUGAUAACUGCCCAUUUGUGAGCAAUGCAAAUCAGCUAGACAGUGAUGGCGAUGGAUUUGGGAAUCUUUGCGACAACUGUCCGUUUGUACAAAAUCCUGAUCAGAGGGACAGAGAUAAUGAUCUACGAGGAGAUAAAUGUGAUACAGAUUACGAUGCCGAUUCAGAUGGUGCUGAUGACAGUGUAGAUAACUGUCCUCGGGUGAACAACCCCGAUCAAAUUGACACUGAUAAAGACGGAAGAGGGGAUGCUUGUGAUUCUGAUGAUGACAACGAUGGUAUUCCAGAUGAAAAUGACAAUUGUAGAUUAAUUCCAAACGUGAACCAAACGGAUAGCUACGGUUAUGGGAUAGGAGAUAUUUGCAGAGAGGAUUUUGACGGUGACACUGUGGUAAACGCACAAGACAGCUGUCCAGAAAACGCAGAAUUUGCAGUUGCAGAUUUCAAAAAAUUCCAACCGAUAAAUCUUGAUCCAAAGGAAGAGAGUCAGAUCGAUCCAGUUUGGAAAGUUUUUAAUGACGGAAAAGAAAUUUCACAAUUGGAAAACAGUGAUCCAGGUUUAGCAAUAGGAUACCAAGGAUUUUCAGACCUUGACUACGCUGGAACGUUUUACGUGGACACGGAAAAUGACAAUGACUUUAUUGGAAUUGUGUUUGGUUACCAGAGUAGCAGCCAAUUUUAUGUUGUAAUGUGGAAGAAGUUCGGACAGCCAUAUUGGGAUGAGAAGCCCUUCUUAGCUUUAAGCGAUACUGGUUUGACGAUAAAGGUAGUGAAUUCAGCAACAGGUCCUGGCCCAGAACUUCGUAAUGCUUUGUGGAGCCGUGGUCCAGUGGUCCCUGAUCAGGUCAGAGUUUUAUGGAGCGACCCAAAACAAAUUGGGUGGAAAGAAAGAACUUCAUAUCAUUGGCAAUUGAAGCAUCGUCCUGGAAUUGGUUUGAUAAAGUUAAAAAUAUCCGAUGGCAAAAAGGUGAUUAUAAAUUCUGGUAGAUUGAUAGACACUACAUACAAAGGAGGGCGAAUAGGAGUCAUGGCAUUUUCUCAAGAACAAAUAACGUGGUCGAAUUUGGUUUGGCAAUGCAAAAGAGAAAAAGAACUAAAGAAUUUGGCCAUUGAAAAUGUUUGAUUCAAGUUCUUGUCGACAUGUCGUGUACAAUUGGAUAUAUAUGAACGCACAGGAUAUUCGUUGAUUGCUUAUACCUUUGAGAGAAGACACCGACAUAUAGACCAAUUAAAAGCUAAUAGAAGGUUAUAUCGCUAAACUAAGUACAACUGUUUUAUCUUGACAAGCACUGGAAUGCCUGCGACAUUAACUUGGGAAUUGGACGAACAUUUAUAUAGAACAGAGAUCGGUUGCACGAAGCACAUAGAAUGCAGGAUUACAAAGCAUUUGGUUGUAUUGGGUGGGCGGUAAACUUCAUCAUUUGUAAAUUUGAUUGCCAUUUAAGACGAACAGUGAAAAAGGAUAAUUAGCUACUGUUGUUCGUGCAACCGUCUCAGAAUAAUAUAUUGUAUAUUGGUAAAAAUAAUUCACUGAAAACAAUUGCAGGUGACACUUGCGAGUGUGAAAGAAAUAUUUGAUGUAUUUUCUUUUAGAUGUAACAGAUUAAAUGAGCUAAAACAAGAGUCAUAAA